AUGUCGGUUCAUGUGGUCUCUGAUAGUCUUCUUCUGUUCGGGUCCCGGGAUGAGAAUGUUCUGGAUUCGGUUACUUUUAGUGAAGAUUUGAUGGCUGAUGUUGAUGGGUUUGUGAAGUUGAUGGACGAGGUUUCGGGUGGGAGGUUCUUGAGAGGAGAUGAAGGCGGAUUGGCUGAGGAGUGGAAGGAGAUGAGUUGGUUGAAGGAUAAGGGGAGAGAGAGUGUGUUUUGGAGGAAGAAGGGGUGUGUGGAUUGGUGGACGGGGCUCGAUCCUGGGCGAAGGAAGGAGUUCUGUUUGGGGUUUUUGGGGAAGGCUGCAAAGUCUCUGGCAAAUGAGAUCGUUGAAGGGCAGAAUACUACACCGAGGAAUUAUUUUUGUUCCUUAGAUGUCGAAGCUAAACUUCUUCAAAAUUAUGAUCCCACUGCAUCUAGGCAAAGGUCAAAUAUGGCAUUCUUAAAAAGGGACUCAGAUGCUAGUUGGGACGACAUCACAUGCUCUGGUAUGCCACACCACUUGGUGAAAUUGUUGAACAGAUUGCUAGUAGUUCAGAAAAUAUCUGCUUUAGUACUCGCCUGUCAGCUAGAUAAAGUUGAAAAAGGGGCAUUAUUUUUCAGUAGAUUAGGGUCUGCAUUCACUGUUUCUGAUUGUAUAAUGAGGAAACUUCGAGGACUCAUCAUGGCAGUUUCUAUUGAUUAUAUUAGUCAAGAACUCUUGGGAGAUGAGAAGUUGAAGACCCUUCUAAAUAAGAACGAAGAGAAGAAGCUCAGUAUGGCAUGCCGGAAAGGAAAGAAGAAAUCUCGCAAUUCAAAACAGAUAAACUCUAUGCCUAAUUCAUCAAGAGUUGUUUCUACACUGCCAGAGCUCAAAGUGCGAAAUGAAGGCAAGAUUGACUGUGUUGCUGAUAACAGUUAUAAUCUUUGUAAUCAAGAAUACAAUUAUCCUGUUGCAGCUAAUCAAGAGACUGACUCAGCUAAUACUUGUCUUCUACCAAAAGAUCCUGGAAAGGAGCAUGCCAUAGGUUUGGUCAACUGUAAACACCCUGCUGAUAGAAAGAGAAACAGAGGGAGAGGGGCUAAGCGUAAAAACACUAACUUGAAGAAAGUUGUUGAGCCUGAAAUUGAGAACCCAAAAACUUCAAUUCCCUUGGUUGCUGCAGAGACCAAACUGGAAGGAUCUGUUGCAACUUCUACAUUAUUGCCCGUAUCCCGUGAUUUCACUUCCAGGGCCACUCUUUCAGCAAUGUCAAGUUCUUGCAAUGGCUAUGGUGAACCUUCCAUGGUAGACAACAACAAAAUGACGGAUAAUGCCUUGGUAGAUUGUUCCUUCCCUACUGAAGACAGCCAUUCUGGUGAUUUAGUCUGCUGUUCAGGAUCUGACAAAUUGGAAGAUGGUGCUACCAAGUUUGCUUCAGCAUCUCUGGCAAAGAAUGCAUAUGAGAAGAAUCCACAAGGUACAUCUCAGUGUUCUGUAGCAAAUAGUCAUACUGAUUGCAAGAAGCAAAGCAAUCCUGAUAUAUGUCCAGGGAUCACAUCUGUUUGCGAUAAAACAUGUUUUCCUUUUCCUACAUCUGAAGGUAAUCAAUGUAAGCUUCAAUGUUCUGGACUUGUAAAUGGAAAACCUUUAGAGCCCAUUCCUUCAAAACUCAUUUAUGCUGCUGUUAAUGAGCAAAGUUCUGUAUCUCAAAAUAAUGGCAGUAGAUCUUGCAUCCAUAACCACAUAAAUACUAUGGGUGGCAUUUCGUAUGAGUGGCCAAGAACAGAUCCUUUUGAUCUGACAUCUGCUAAUUCACCUCAUCUCCCUGCUGCUACUGAUAGAUUGCAUUUAGAAGUUGGUCACAAGCAGUCCAAUCAUUUUCAUCAUUCCUUCAUGCAAUCAAGGAAUCAACCUAGAAAUUCAGCAACUGAAGUUGGGUAUGGUCGAAUCUUGCCUUCUCUAACGUUGCCCAUGAGUUAUGACUGGCCUCCAGUGGUUAAAAAUUGUGGUAGAUUUAAUCAGACAAUGACCAUCAGCUACGAUUCUGCUUUCAACCCACCACUGCCAGCUUCGUUUUCACCAGGCUUUGCUGCGCAUGCCACUCUGGGAAUGCAAGUUAAUGGGGCUUCUAAUGAGAAUGAUAGGAAGCAUGCUCCGGAUAUUUUUGAUGUCUACGAUCUGAAAACUGCAUCUGAGUUCCCCGAUGAUGCUGAAGGCUAUUGGUUAGCAGAAGAAGAAUUUGAUACUCAUGCAUUUUCUGGCAGAGAUUAUAACCAAUUUUUUGGUGGUGGAGUUAUGUAUUGGAAUCCAGCUGAACAUGUUGGAACAGGCUUUUCUCGUCCACCUUCUUACAGUUCGGAAGAUAGCUCCUGGGCUUGGUAUGAGGCAGAUCUAAAUAGAGCUAUUGAUGAUAUGGUUGGCAUGCCUGGGUUACCUACUUCCUUCAGCACAAAUGGUCUGGCUUCCCCACCCACUGCCGCUUUCUGUUCACCAUUUGAUCCUUUAGCAUCCGGGCACCAACAAAUUGGCUAUACCGUACCUGGAAAUGAUGGUGGAAAGAUACUGCAGUCUUCAUCAUCAGCAUCAGAUUUUGGUGAGGAGAAAUCUUCUGUAUCGUUGAAUAAUUCGCCCAGUUGUGUUGAAGGAGUUAAAGGAGACACUCUUCCCUACCCUGUACUACGUCCCAUUAUUAUUCCAAGUAUAUCAAAAAAGGGUUCAAGGUCAGAAUUUAAAGUCAAUCAGGAUCAUAGAAGCCCAUGCUUACCUUCUAAUAGACGGGAUCAUCCUCGAAUCAAGCGGCCUCCAUCACCCGUUGUACUUUGUGUUCCACGGGUUCCUCGGCCUCCUCCACCUUCUCCUGUUGGUGAAUCUAGAAAGCGAGGCUUUCCGAUUGUUAGGUCUGGUAGCUCAAGUCCUAGGCACUGGGGUGUGAGAAGUGGCUGCCAUGAAGAUGGGAAUGCUGAUGACCCUCGCCUUUGUUUGGAUGGUGCUGAAGUUGUUUGGCCAUCAUGGAGAGCCAAAGGUCUGGUUGGCACCCCAGUGGCACAAUCUAUUCAAGGGUCUUUGUUGCAGAAUCACUUGAUGAAGAUUUCCCAGCUAGCUUGUGAUCAGGAGCAUCCAGAUGUGGCGUUGCCUCUGCAACCACCUGAUGCAUCAAAUUCUCCUCAUAGGGCAUCCCUAUCUAUGUUUCAGAAUCGUCUUCAUGAAGAAAUUGAAUUUUUCUGCAAACAGGUUGCUGCUGAGAAUCUGAUAAAGAAGCCCUACAUCAAUUGGGCUAUUAAGAGGGUCACACGCUCUCUUCAGGUACUUUGGCCUCGGUCUCGGACAAAUAUAUUUGGCUCCAAUGCAACUGGUUUGGCUCUUCCAACAAGUGAUGUUGAUCUUGUGGUUUCGCUUCCACCUGUCCGAAAUUUGGAACCUAUCAAAGAAGCUGGAAUUCUGGAAGGCCGCAAUGGCAUCAAAGAAACGUGCCUUCAGCAUGCAGCUAGGUAUCUUGGAAACCAGGAUUGGGUUAGAAAUGAUUCACUUAAAACAAUCGAAAAUACUGCUAUACCUAUUAUCAUGCUUGUGGUCGAAGUUCCUCAAGAUAUAAACUAUUCAAAUGGAAACUCCUCCAUCUUGGAAUUACAGGACACUCAGUCGAGCAACAUGUCUGCAGAUACUGCUUCUCAUUUAGAUCACUCGAGUUCAGAGGAUACCUCUUCAGGGGCGUUCUCAAAGACGAGAAUGGAUGAUGGUAGUCGGGUCAAGUCAAUCCGUCUUGAUAUCAGCUUCAAGUCAUCAUCUCAUACAGGACUCCAAACGUCAGAAUUGGUUAGAGAACUCACUCAACAGUUUCCUGCUUCUGUACCCCUAGCUUUAGUACUAAAGAAGUUUUUGGCUGAUCGUAGUCUGGAUCACUCUUAUUCAGGUGGCUUAAGUUCAUACUGUUUGGUUUUGUUGAUUACUCGCUUCCUUCAACAUGAGCAUCAUAUUUGUCGGCCAAUUACCCAAAAUCUUGGUAGCCUGUUGAUGGACUUCCUCUACUUCUUUGGGAAUGUAUUUGAUCCUCGUCAAAUGCGAAUAUCUAUCCAAGGAAGUGGAGUAUAUAUGAACAGAGAAAGAGGCCUCAGCAUCGAUCCAAUUCAUAUUGAUGAUCCUCUUUUCCCAUCUAACAAUGUGGGAAGGAACUGUUUCCGCAUACAUCAAUGUAUAAAGGCUUUUGCAGAUGCUUACUCCUCACUGAAGAGUGAACUAUCACAUUUUUCAGAUGAUUGUGGUCCAUGUUCAACAACGCCAUUUGAAAUUCUUCGAAAAAUUAUUCCAAGUAUUGAUUGAGAGCAGUGAAAUGCCUAUUUGGUCAGUGGUGCAUAAAAGCUGAUACAUCCUCGCAGAGAAGAACUUCAAGAGAUAGGAAACAGAGAUGUUCGCAGUCUGUUAUAGAGAUGGCAACAAGCAAGUGGUAGUGCAGAAAUUAGUUCAUGAGCCACAAGCGUCCAGAACAGAAACAGAAAAGCAUGCUUGGAUAUUCCAAUUUAAUUGUAAGAAUGCACCUUUCUUGAAAAGAGGACAUACUGUGUUGGAUAACAUGCUGUCUCAAGUUUUGUCUACUUCCUUUUUCUUUCAUUUGAUGGUUGUGUGCAGGUGAGCUCGAUGCAAACUUAUUAAAAUUCAGUUUUGGACAACUUGAACCAUUAUGCAGGAUCCCCCAAAGGCAUGAGGCUAGAUUUGACAUGGAUACUGUUUUUAUGAGUAGAAAACUUCUGGAGGAUUCUUCUUCAGCUGCUUCAGACUUAGCUCGUUGGAUUGUGACGAUUGGUUGGUUGUUUCAUUUCAAAGGAUCUGGGCAUCACGAAAUUGUCCAUACAACUCGAGGAGGAGGACGUUAGACAUGGCAAAGUGGUGCCCUAAGUAGUUGUGUUGCUGUUUUCCAACUUGAAUGGCAUGGCACUGGGCUAAGAUAACUCUUCAGUUAUAUUUGACUUAUAUUGGCAGUGGAUAUGGUGGUGUUGGCCCGAAUCAAGCUCCUGUUCUGUCGCUUAAACAACUUGCAACUUCUCGCCUUCUCUCCUUUGUGGCUGUUAUUAUGAGGCCCUUCCUCUUUUAACUAGGUGAAAUAUCUUGUUUGGAGACUGAAAUUGAAAGCGAGAGUUCUCCAUGAGGGAGCGGUCAUCAACAGUAGGUGAGAGAUGAUGUGGUCUUAUAAAUGGUAAUGAUGUUCUCAAUUUAUACAUGACGAUGCUUCAUGGAUUGAGUCUUUUUGUACGUUUCCAGGCUUUCGAGGUGUUUGUGGUCACUGUGUCAUGUAGGUUACUUUCUCUAGGUGUUUGUUGUCACUGUGUCAUGUAGGUUACUUGCUCUAUUUGUCCUCGUGAUAAUUGAGGAUGGCCGAUUGAAAUUGUUUAUACAUUUAUGGAAAGAUAUGUUUACUUGAGUACUGUAUAUGGAGAACUUGUAUAGCGAAGUUGUUAUAACUUGGAGAGUUAUUCAUACUUUUCCUUUUCGGGGCCA